AGCGUCUAAGAUCUUUUAAAGCUUAUAGUUCCCAUAUAUUUGUCUUAAUUCUCAAAAUCAUCAGUCACCACAGUUCAGUAGUUGUAUAUGAGUAUACAGUGCGUGUGUGCUAAGUCGCUUCAAUUGUGUCCGACUCUUUGUGACCCAGCGGACUGUAGCCCACCAGGCUCCUCUGUCCGUGGGAUUCUCCAGGCAAGAAUACUGGAGCGGGCUGCCAUUCCCUCCCCCAGGGCAUCUUCCCGACCCAGGGAUGGAACUCGUGUCUCUCGUCCCCUGCAUUGGCGGGCGGGUUCUUCACCACUAGCACCAGCUGGGUGUGGGAGGUAUUUGGGGGGCAGUCUUGUCUGCUCGGGACGUGAUGCCACACGGCGCUCAGGCUGGCGGGGUGACGCGGGUGAGGGUGGCACAGCGGGAGGCCCAGCUCAGGCCUCUCACAGGCUCGUGCCCUUCGAGGGUCCGUUCCGGGCUCUGCCAUUGCUCGGCAUUCUACUCUAGGCUUCGGAAUAAGGCAGGCCUUCCCCCACAAAUAGUCCCCUGAGAGGGACUCUCCUUCCUCCUUGGGUUUGGAUCCUCACACGGUGCCCUCUGCUGCUGAGUGCUCAUUCAUUCCCCGUCUUUUGAACAACACAGCACUGUUUGGGGAAGCGUGCGUGCCUGAGCCGACCAAGGUCACGGCUGCUUCUGGAGGCUGACAGAGGUCACCUGGGGAAGCAGAGAGGAGGAGGCAGAAGGUUGGCCCAUGUUUAUCAAAUAGCCCUGGGUCUGACCUCCCCGUUGUGUUAGAUGUCAGGACAAAUGAGCCUUGUAAAUAUCACACAGCAAGUGUUAGACUUUAUGGAUCAUAUUAUUCUUACCGAACAAAUGAAAAAAUAUCACUGCCUUUGUUAUAUGAAGGACUUUUUAUAUCUGAAAUAGAAUUUUAGCAACAAUAUCAUAGAUGAUUUAAAAACUGCUUUAUUACCUCAAGCAGGUUAGGCCAAAGGGCAGAUGAUGUGGUGUAGAAAACUUUUAGAUCGAGAAGCUGUUCUUGCAACAAAGGGGACAUUUAACAUGAUGUUAAAGGUGCAUGUGAAGAGUUCAGAUAAAGUUAUGUUUAUGAAAUGGAAGUAUGGAAACAAGUAUUAUGUCAAAUGGACAUAUUUUAUAUGUGAUUUAAAAUAUGUGGCUUAGUAUAUUAAUAAAUAGCAUGAGUAGACAAGUUUUACGUCUGUGAAAGUUGAUAUAAAACUUUUGGAUCCAGAAACUUUUACAUCUUUUGAGGAAAGUAGGAGAUUGUCUUGUAUCUGGGAAUAUAUGAUAUUUCUUUUAAGUUACAAACCUUGUGUAUUUUAUUCAUAGACAAACCUCUCACUCAGGUGUCUUGCUUUAAGUACAAUUUAAAAUAAACUUAAGUCAUCUGGCUUCUUGGUUUAAAAACCUAUUAAAAAUAAGAGCUCUUAAAAGGCGCUUCUAGAACUUUACACACUAACAGAAAGUGACAGGUGACAAUCCAGUCAUGGGGGAGGAGACUGAAAAUAUAAACCAAACCAAGAGUGGUCUGGGAGAACAGCUCUAAGCUGCCAGGUUCCCCAAGACAGGUUAGAGGGAACAUAGUCAUGUACUGGAUUGUGAUAACUAUAUCACUGUAGGAAACGCUGAUGGGAAAGUGAGUGAAAUGUUUUUAAAAGAUUCCCAUGUAAAGUACCUACAAAUAGAAAAGAGUUGUAUAUCUGAGGAGUAAACCUCACUUACCUGGAAAUUUCACUUGAAGUCUUAUUCCAGACAACUUGGAUAUAAAUAAGGUGUUACUCUGUGAUUAACUUUCAGAUGCACUAACUGACUUAGAUCCUUCACUCUGAUAGUCUCUGUGUAAUACAUAUUUUCACAGUGUAUCAGGACAGGGUAUCAAUGCAACCAGGAGAAACAACCGCUAAAUUUUACUGUAAUUUGCAAUGAUCUUUUUACCAGUAAGUCGACAUUUUGUUCUUAUGAAUCUACAGAAUCACCUCCUUUUAGUAUAAUAACAAUUCUCUUGGUAUAAGAUACAUAUCUUAUGUUAGACUUAUGCUUGUUAGAGUGUGAUAUUUUAAAACUCGAGGGGAGGGGAUAAUUUCUGGCAAGUUUUUGUAUGUUUAGAUGGGAGAAAACUUUGUUUAGAAAUUAAUAUUUUAAUUUCCAGUAGUAGGGGAGUCAUGUAAUUGGAGGAAGUGAAUCUGUUUCUUUCGGUGUCUGUCUACAGAGACCGUAGAAAGCAGACUGUUGUAUUAUAGCUCAGCGGCCGUCGGUUCACCCUGGGGAUGCCGAGUGGCUUCACAGGCCAGGCGCUGUGCUCUGAGCAUGGGAUCAGCUGCUGUCAGUGCUAAGGGGCCUCUAAGUGUCAGAGAUGUUAAAACAUGGGGAAAACGGCUGACAGUGAUUGUAAGAUACUCACUGUUGGAACAUGAACCCUGAUUUCAGAGUUGCCUUAGCAUUGAAGAAAUACAAUCAUCCCUUGGUGUCUGCAGGGUACUGGUUCCAGGAGCCCCUCAGGUACCAGAAUCCACGGAUGCUCAAGCCCCUUGUGUAUAAAACGACUCAGGGAUUCAGCCAACCUCAGAAACCUCGGAUGCGGGACCCGCGGACAGAGACCCGGAGGUUCGGGGCGCCGACUGUGCGGCGAUGACAGUGAUGGCUGAUGGCCGUGAGUGCUCACCACAGGCCAGGCGCUGCCCCUGGCCCUUGAGAGGAAUCAGCUUGUUUCACCCUGAGAGCCUGUGAGGCAGAUUCUGUCAUGAUCGCAUGUUCGGGAUGGUGAAAGGGAGGCAUGGAGAGACGAGGGACCCCUCCAUGGCUGUGGGCCUCAUCCGGGAUGGUCUGGGGCCGGGGCUCGGGCAGCGCCUGCUCUUGCCCACUGCACAUGGCCCUCUGGACAGCCCUGAGUGGACCGGGAAGGCCUGGUGGCCAAGGCCACCACCAACCACUUUCGGGCCACGUGGUCUCCUGCCGUGGCUCCUCUGCCUGUCCUCCUCGACAGACUUGGCCACCCAGACCCUGAGACCCCCCACCGGCAGCACACGGGCCGCCUUCUGGAGCACAGGCUGUUCCAGGUCCGGGGGCUGGUCUUGCCACCUUAGGGUUAUACCGUUCAGAGUCUGUGAGUGCACCAGGCAUCCUGAAACAAAUCCGUGACUCUGGGCGGUGAGCCAGGAAGGAAAAAGCAAACCAAGCUUUGUUUGACUAUAAGCGUAGCUUUACAGUUUGUUUCCAUGAGGAGCUUAGGCCGUGUGUCUGAGCUAUGGAGCAUUUUAUACAAGGGGCUUGCGCAUCCACGGAUUGUGGUACCUGAGGGGCUCCUGGAACCAGGACCCUGCAGACACCCAGGAAUGAUUGUAUUUCCUCAAUUCUAGGGCAACUCUGAAAUCAGGGUUCAUGUUCCAGUCAUUAUGCAAUGUAACAAUUUUGCACGACAUUACUGUGUCAGAUUAAUUCAGUUAUAUUUUUAUAUUUGAACAGAUCUGAGCCACUGAAUUGUAAGAUGCAGUAUUUUUUAUGUACCAACGAAAAGGAAGAAAAACAUUGCCACUGCCACUCUGACACAUACCUUUCUUUUCACUUAGCAAUUUUAGUUCUGUCCUUAUUAAAGGAAAUUGUUCAGAACUAUUGAGACAGUUUCCACCCACAUCACUUUUGUGCAUAUAUAAAAAGGAAAUAGACAUGACAUAAACCUGUUACGGCAUUGCUAGCUCUUCCUUGAAACAUUCUGAUGUGGCGUGAUCGCUGAGCGUCUUCCUCACUUUGUCCAUCUGUGCUCUUCAGGGUGUGAGUGAUGCAGCAGCGUUUUCGCUGGAAUUUCCUGAAGCUGAUGGCACCACCCUGUUAGGUCAGCUCUGGUGCUUCUCGGAGGUGCCGUCCGGUUCUGUGUCCAGGGAGCACGGGUGUCCCCGAUCGCAGUCCAGGCCAGAGCACGCACAGCACCGUACGCCUCUCACGGCGGCAGGCCCUGGUCUGGAAGAUGGGGGUAAUGAUAGUGUCUGGCUCUCGGGGUAGUUGUGAGGAGUAGAUGAGAGGUGUGAGGCGUGUGGAGCAGCACCCGGCUGGCCUGGUCUUUAAUCAGCGUGGGCUGCUGUCGCCACCACCACCCCCACCGUCAUCGCGCGACACACAGCUGGUGUGCGCCGGCUCUGGAUUCCUGCACUGGCUCGUCCCCGUGCUGGGAGCUCAGCUCCACUCUAGAGGUGAGGAAAAGAGCUUGCAAGAAGUCAGAGCACUUGCCUGAGAUGAGCCAGCUUCCGAGAGCAGAGCUGGGGAGCUUCCCUGGCCGUCCAUCCAGUGGUUAAGACUCUGCGCUUUCAAUGCCGGGGGUGUGGGUUCGAUCCCUGGUCAGGGAACUGAGAUCCCGCAUGCCGCAUAGUAUGGCCAAAAAAUAAGAAACACAGCAGAAGACAAAGAGCGGAGCUGGGAGGCCCUCCUUGAAUGCGGCCUUGUUGAGACAGGGGUGCUGGCGAUGGCUCCAGCUCCAUGCUGAGUCUGACACCCCGCCUGCUUCCCUCUGCGGGUUGGGACCUCCAACCUCUCUGAGAAUCGCGUGCUGUCCCGCGGGCCUCUCUCUUGGAAAAUACUGAUGGCAGACGCGUGCUCGCAGGCUGCCUCAGGGCCUAGCCUCUGGGCCCAGGCGUAGACUGUGGGCCACUUGGCCGCACUGUGGUGGGCCCGGCAGGCACCUCGGAGCCUGACCCGGAGAACCAGGCGUGGCCUGGGGACAGGGCCUCUUGUGGGAGGGGCGUGUGUGCUAGAUUUCCUGGUGCAACGCGGGUUACACUGGAGGCCACAGCUAAUCAUUGUGUUCACUUUCAAUUUUUUACAUUGCUGGUGUUAUGUGUGACAUUCAUUAAGUGCCUUCUUAAUGAGAAUAUUUGGUCAAAAAUUAUCUUGGAAUAAUUAAUUUGGCUCAGUGAGCCAGGGAAAUACUGUUUGCAGUCUGCUGGCUUCAGUAAAGGGUCAUACAAGGAACCUCAGGGUGUUUUAUUAACAGUAUUUUGUCUGCUUCAAGAUGUUUGUAAGUGAGAAUCUGGUGGGAACCAGAUACCAUCUUGCGCCCGAAAAGUUAGGAUCUUCUUUUGGGGGAAAUACUGUGAAAGUCGAUAGUCCAUCCUCCUUGUUGAGGGUGUGGACUCUCUGAUUGCUCAGAGCGGUUGUGCUGUGGCUCGGGCGGGCCCCUUGUUCCCCUGGGAGCCCCCGCGUGCAGACAGGAAUUCCCACGGAGAGAUGGGAAGGAGUCACAGCCUUGCCCCCAUGGCUACGAAUGGGUAGAGGGGGGCAGCCCAGGGGGAAGGCAGAGAGUCCGCCUGCCCUGGGGGCAGAAGGCAGUGAAAGGUCAGACUCCUGGCUCCCCCGCCUGCUUGUGAUUCACUCGGGCUAGGCCUGGGCCUUGGAAUCUGCUUUAUGAAAGAUCCCUAGGCGAUUAUGAAGAUGGGAUGCAUUAGACUUUUCCUAAAAGAGUCCACCUUCCCUGAGUUCAGGUUCAGAUGAAUGUAAGGACAACUUUAUGCUGUAAUCAGGAUGUGUCUGUGUGGAUGUGGCUGGGAAGGGUGCUUCUAGGAACAGAGCAGGCUGAGUACAACCGGGAAGGGGGAGAAGGGGAUGGGGCUGGAGCGUCCCGUCAGCAAGAGGGAGGUGUGGUUCCCGAGGCGCAGAGCCAGGCCCCGCAGCCGGUUCUGGGAACUCGUUGGAAAGGCAGCUUUCAGGGCCCCACCACAGACCUGCUGAACCAGACAUGCCGGGCAAGGAUGGGGGGCGGCCUGUGUCUUCACAGGCCCCAGGGGACUGGGGGCCCUGGUCCUGAGAGCCCUGAGCUGAGGGGAGUCUGCCACCGGGGUCUGGGGAGCCCGCCUCGUCCUUGGGCAGCGAGGACAGAGGAGACAGAACUUCACAACGCUUCAGCCAGCCUCACGGGUGACAGAGAGUGGAAAUUUUGCUUUCUUUUCACCUUUGUACAGAUAAUUGAUAAAAUUAUUACAGAAUAAAGGAAUUAUAAAAUUCCUCAAGCUGUGGGAAGCCAAUAGUCUUAGUUUUAAUUCUUUUUAAUUGUGGAAAACUGAUGUGAAACAGAAUAAAAAGAUUAUAGUAUGACUUGGGAAAAUUCACUGCACUUAGACAUUUUGUAAAUUGUUACUUUCUAUCAUUAACAUAAACAUUCUUGUUAUGCGAGAAAAAGAAAACAUUAAUUUUUCAACAGAAAUUGCAAACUUAGGACCAAAAAUGUCAAGUGGGCCAUGUGCUCAUGUUGGCUUUCUGAAUUAUUAGGUGAGAGCAUGUGUUUCUCAUAUUUAAAACCUAAUAACCUAGAAACACAGAUCUCUGGGGUUAAAAUCAAGUUAAAAGGUGACAUCUUCAAGAGGACGGGUGUCUGUGGUACUGGUUGCCAUUCAGUCGCUAAGUCGAGUCCGACUCUUUGGGACCCCGUGGCCUGCAGUGGUCCGUGGUACUGGAGUGUGAUGUGCGGGGUUCUAGAACAUCACUAACACCGCAGGAGUGAGGAAGGUGUAGGUUGCAGGCUGUGUGGAUGGGUGCCUGGCGUGCUGCAGGGCAUAGUCCGCGGUGCCAGUGUCUGCUCCCUUUUGUGAGAGGAGCGUGUGGGCUGUGAAGUUCAGUCAUUGGUCGUCGUCUUUGAUUGAGAGAACGUACUUCUGGGACUUCCCUGGUGGUCCAGUGGUUAAGACGUCACGCUUCCACUGCAAGGGGUGCGGGUUCAAUCCCUGGUCAGGAAACUUAAGACCCCGUAUGCUGGGCAGUGCAGCAGAAAAGAAAAAAACAAAACUGUGAUCUAUUCCCUUAAAGACGGAAAUCUCCAUCUAGACAGGAAGCUGAGGAAAAUGCUGGAUUUGCAGGUGACUCCUGCCAUCUCGGGCUUCCCAGGUGGCUCAGUGGUAAAGAACCCGCCUGCCAAUGCAGGAGACACAGGAGACGCAGGUUCGAUCCCUGGGUCAGGAAGAUCUCCUGAGGCAGGAAAUGGCAACCCACUCCAGUAUUCUUGCUUGGUAAAUUGCGAGGACAGAGGAGCCUGGCGGGCUGCAGCCCGUGGGGUCGCAGAGGCAGACGCGACUGAGCGCGCGCAGCACACACGUGGCCAGCCGUCUCGCAGUCGCAGUGUGGAGGAGCGUGCCCUGCAGGCCUGCCCGAGGCUGCGUGGGGGCCCCAGGCCGAGUGCCCCGUGGUGAUCACUCAGCACCCUCCCCACUGCAGAGAAGGCCUGCUGCCCUGCGAUUCUGAAUGAGGUCAUGUCGGAAGAAGACACCCGUUAUCAGAGAAGAAAAUCACUCACUACAUGUACCAGCUGUGUAAGUCUCUGGACCACAUGCACAGAAAUGGAAUAUUUCACAGAGAUGUAAAACCAGAAAAUAUAUUAGUAAAGCAGGAUGUCCUGAAGCUCGGGGACUUCGGCUCGUGCCGGAGCGUCUACUCCAGGCAGCCGUACACCGAGUACAUCUCCACCCGCUGGUACCGGGCCCCUGAGUGCCUCCUCACCGACGGCUUCUACGGCUUCAAGAUGGACCUGUGGAGCGCGGGCUGCGUGCUCUACGAGAUGGCCAGCCUGCAGCCGCUCUUCCCUGGCGCCAACGAGCUGGACCAGAUCUCCAGGAUCCACGACGUCAUGGGCACGCCUGCUGAGAAGACCCUCACCAAGUUCAAGCAGUCGAGAGCUAUGAGUUUUGAUUUUCCUUUUAAAAAGGGAUCAGGGAUACCUCUACUGACCACCAGUCUGUCCCCGCAAUGCCUCUCCCUCCUGCACGCCAUGGUGGCCUAUGAUCCCGACGAGAGAAUCACUGCCCACCAGGCCCUGCAGCACCCUUACUUCCAGGGGCAGAGGGCGGCCGAGAAGCAGGCGCUGGCCAGGGCCAGGCGGAAGGCCCCCGCUCCCUUCCCCGAGCGCCCCACGGCCCCAGAGCUCAACAGCACCUGGCAGACGGCGCAGGAGGGCCGGAAGCAGAAACAGCCCGCGAGGCCAGAGGAGAACCACCCCCGGAGGCAGGGGCCGGCCUACCUGAUGGAGCUGCCCAGGCUGAAGCUGUCGGGAGCGGCCACGCUGGCCUCCUACUCCAGCCCGGCCCUGCAGUCAGUGUUCGCCCCGAAGGUGCCGCUGCUGAGACCCCUCAAGUGCGUCGGUGCGGCCCAGAAGACAGACACGCAGAAGGACAUCAAGCCCAGCCUGAAACAGUACCGCCUGCCCACGAUAGAGCGCAGAGGUGGGGGCUACUGAGUGCCGCGGCCCCCUGCUCGGCUGGCUCCCCGCCGCCGCGCCAGCGAGCGGGCCGGGGGCUCCCCAGGGCCGGGCGUCCUGUCCCGGGAGAGCUGCCCCCAGACCCGCGCCACUGUCUCGGCCUGGGGCCGCUGGCCAAGACAGCCGUGUCCAGAGGGCGGCUUUACUGUGUGUUCAAGUCUAAUACAUCUGUAAAACCACCUCCUAGGGUUUUAUUUCAUUUCAUAAUGUAAGGGUUGGGGCAGGGAUAUUUUGUAAUUUUUAUAUGAAUCAGAAGAGAGAUUAUACUGUUACUAUGUGUUAGGCUGGUUCACCACGGGCUCCGCACGCCUGUAGUCCGUCAGCGCUAGUGUUUAGCACGUUUCAGCUUCCAGAUUGUACCUCCGGAGACCCCUGAUUUUAUUAAAGAGUAAGCUGUC